AUGCGCAUUUCUUUACUGUCCGCAGGUGCGCUGAUGCUGCAGGCCUGCCAUGUGCAGGCUAAGGCUGUCUUUGCUCAUUUUAUGGUGGGAAACACUCCGACGUGGGAACUGUCCGACUGGAAGAACAACAUCCAGUUGGCCGUCGAUGCCCACCUUGACGCCUUUGCUCUGAAUAUCGCUAACGGCUGGUAUGCCAACGAUGCAUCUCUCACUCUGGCCUUCGAGGCGGCAGCUAGUCUCGACUUUCAGCUCUUCUUCUCCUUUGACUACGCCGGCAACGGGUCGUGGGCUCAGGUAGAUGUCAUCAGUCUCAUCACACAGUACGGCAACUCCAGCGCCUACUUCCAGUACAACGGCGGGCCUUUCGUGUCAACUUUUGAAGGGCCUGGUAAUGCGGAUGACUGGGUCGAGAUCAAAUCCCAGACCGGCUGUUUCUUCGUUCCGGAUUGGUCGUCGCUGGGUGCGAUCCCCGCGGCUGCAGCGGCCGGCGGUGUCGUCGAUGGUCUCUUCAGCUGGGCGGGUUGGCCCUGGGGUGACAAGAACAUAACCACAUUCGUGGAUGCCUCGUACAUGCAAACGCUUAACUCCAGCGGGAAGCCCUACAUGAUGCCGGUAUCGCCCUGGUUCUACACCAACAUGCCCGGCUAUGACAAGAACUGGCUGUGGCGUGGUGAUGACUCCUGGUACCAGCGCUGGCAGCAGGUGUGGUACCUACAGCCCGAGUUUGUCGAGAUCAUCUCGUGGAACGACUUUGGCGAGUCGCACUACAUUGGGCCACUCGAUAACAGCUCCUUUGACGCCUUUACCGUCGGCCAGGCACCGUUCAACUAUGCCAAGGACAUGCCACAUGACGGAUGGCGUGACCUGUUGCCCUUCAUGAUCGAUACCUACAAGCACGAGCGGGCUCUGGUCACGAAGGAGAGGCUGGUGGUAUGGUACCGUACCUCUCUGGCCAAUGACUGUAGUAACGGCAACACCACCGGCAACACGGCCUCGCAGCUGCAGCUCGAGUUCGCACCCGAGGAUGUCUCGCAGGACCGGCUCUUCUUCACCGCGCUGCUGUCCGACUACGCAGAUGUCGGGGUCAUGGUCGACGCAGACUUCCAUAAAGCCGAGUGGGAUUUCCUGCCCCCUGGCCCCCAUGUGACUGGGGGCGCCGGCCUCUACCACGGCAGUAUCGCGCUGACGCACCUAGAGCGGGCCGAGGUCUUCAUCACCCGCGACGAUAUCGACAUCUUCUCCGUGUUCACGGUCCAAAACGUGUCCCCAGACAACUGCGUCGAGGGCCUGACCAACUGGAACGCGUUCGUGGCCUCAGGCUCGGACGGCACAUUGCCAGAGCCCGUCUACUCGGCAUUCAAUCUGAGUUUGCAGACCUGCGUGGCUGGCUACAGUGUCGACGCCUUCACCGACCUGUGCGAGUUCACCUGUGCGUGGGGAUACUGCCCCGUCGGUGCCUGUGUAUGCACCAACAUGGGUAUCAUCCUCGAACAGGCCAACCAGACGGACACCGUCGGAUAUCCGGCCAACGGCGACGCUAACUACGCGGGGCUGUGCAAUUUUGCCUGCGCGGCGGGCUACUGUCCCUCUAAAUACUGCUCCGUGGAGGUUCAACCGACCUAUAUACCGACCAGCUCACCCUUUGAUCCGCCCACCUGCACGGGGGGCAACAGCACUAACGACAAUUUCCUAGGCCUGUGCAGCUAUGCGUGCAAUUUUGGCUUCUGCCCACGGAACUCCUGCUCUUGCAUCUCGGAGGGCCCCCUCAUCCAACCCCCGGCCCAGACGAGCACCAGCACCGGCAUUUCCCUUGUCGGGCUAGACUCGGGUCUAUGUAAUUUCGCUUGCACGCGCGGGUAUUGCCCCAGCGGCACCUGUACCUCAGCCAAUUUCGACGUAUCUGUGCUAGCUUCACUAGGUGACUCGUUCGCUUCAGGUCCGAGUGCUGGAGAUGAGUACGAUGGCACGCCAUGUCGUCGAUUUACUCAGGCAGCUGGCCCACAGCUCUCAUUGUCCGACAAAAUAAACGGCCCCAAACCGAUGGACUUCGAAUUUAUCGCAUGCUCGGGGGCAAGGACCAAGCAUAUCUAUGAAGAUCCAGGUGCUAGCUCGAGCUCUGGUGGAGGAGGCAAUGAAAAACCAUCGCGCUCCCAAGCCCACCAGCUCGCAGAUUUGAAGCUAGAUUUUAACAUGAUAACAUUGAGCAUUGGGGGGAAUGACGCCGACUUCGUCAGUGUUUUGGAUAGAUGUGUCUAUCGCUUCAAAGAUAUUAAGGGAUGCGCAGGCUGCACGCCAAGUGUUUUCCACAAUGACUGCUCCGAUGACUGCUCGGCCGCGUUGGAUGAGAUGAACAAACGUCUAGAAGCUGACACUUUUAUCCCUGGCCUCACACUCGCCAUCCAGGCCAUCUUCAAUGCUGCGCCCAAGGCUCAUCUUUUCAUGACCGGCUACCCGUCUUUCUGGAAUCAAGAUACGGACGCAUGUGAUCAAGUCAGCUUCAAAUUCGGUUGCCUCGAGAAUUCUGUCCUACCGCUGAUUAAAGAACGCCGCCAACGCAUGAACGAUCUGACCAAAAAUCUAAACGGCAUAAUCAAAAGGGUUGUUACCGCAACAACCCCGAUAGGUGGAGGGUCCAUUCACUUCGUCGAUGUGGAUCCCUACUUUGACGGACACCGAUUUUGCGAAGAAGGUGUCAGCGAGCCCAGCUAUCGUAAUUCGGAUAUAUGGUUCUACCCAUUUGAGUAUUCGACUGCGGGGACCUUGAAUAUCUCUGCUGUGGCCUCAAACACAACCAAUUGCACUUCUCUUUGGGAUAAUGAAGGAGAUGCUGGAGAUUAUUUUAACUGCGAGCUGCAGAAUGCCCUGGUAGCUGACAACAUGACUAUCGAUCUAAGCUUGAUGUCGAAUAAUGUUGCUGGCAAUGACAGCUUAGGGAUUCUUAGCAGUGGGUCAGCUUCACUCCCCGCGUUCUUAGCCCGGAUUUUCCAUCCCACAAUCAACGGGAUGACGGCGUACAAGCAAGCUAUACUUGAUACAUACCAUGGGUUAUCAUGA